CGAAAGAACCACGUAUCUGUGCAAACCAGAUAACUCUCACUCGUCAGUGUUAUUCUGAGGAGCCCUAAGAACUUAUCAAGCAUGAUCUCAAAGACAUAAACAACCACCGCGCCAAACCACAUCUCCUCACAUCAAAAUGCGCAGACCGAACCUCACCAUCCAGAGCCUCAUCCCAAACGACAUCCGCCCCUUCACAACCUCAUGGCUCCUCCCUCCUCUCGCCCUCUCCCUCCUGCGCCUCCUCUUCUUCACGUACUGUCUCGUGACAACACUGACCAACUGGAUCUACGACGGCGUGCACUCAUCCGCGCAUCUCAUCGGCGAGGAAUUUUCCUACUUCACAGUCCUAACGUACUGGGGCAUCCUGUUCUACAGCCUCGUCGCGGGCACGCAUACACUUAUAUAUGCGCUCAAAGGUCGCUCAUGGCUCGAGACUUGGCCACGACCUCUGCAAGCGCUUCACUCAUUCUUCUACACCACUAUAGUAACCCUGCCGUUCCUGGUGACCAUCGUAUACUGGGCUGUACUGUACGACGCGCCCUGGUUCCCCAUCAUGUUUGACGGGUGGUCUAAUAUCUCUAGACACGCCCUGAACUCCUUCUUCGCACUGGCCGAAGUCAUUCUCCCUGCCACGAACCCUCCGCCACUUCUUCAUCUCGUCGGACUGAUUGUUUUGUUACUUCUCUACCUCGCGCUGGCCUACCUCACGCACGCCACGCAGGGGAUUUAUGUCUACAGCUUUCUCGACCCUGCCCAGGGCUCAGGAAGAGUGACGGGCUAUUGCUUCGGAAUAGCCGCAGGCAUUGUCGUCAUCUUUGUCGUCAUCUCUGGCAUCAUCUGGGUUAGGAGUAAGUACACAAGAGAAGGCAAGCGGAGUAAGAGAGACGUGCAGAGGCAUCUGUCCUUGGAUCAGGAGGUUGAGAUGCGCGCAGAUAUAGAAAGUGCCAAAUAAUAAACGUCGUGCAGUCUGUGCCUGCCUAUAUCUACCAACAUUCUGAAUAUGAUAUCCAUGGUCGGGUGUCCCAAUUCUCUAGUCUACAUGUUCAUAAGAGACAGCUUGUGUACGGAUGAUCCGUACUCCA